CUCCCUGUCUCCCAGCUUUUGCCCCGCCCCUACCCUUAUAAACUCCGCCGUUAGGCCCACCCCUUCCCCCGAGUACCUCCGAUCUUCGUGUUGUAGCUCCACCUUUUCCCCCGAAACCCAGCGGUAUCUCCGCCCCUGCCGGCAGCCCAGUCCCCGAGCGGAGCCGAAGCUUUCCGGAGAUUGCCGAGGGUCCGUCCUGCCGGACUGCUGGAGGCGGACGCAGCGCCAUGUUGGAUGCUCCGCUUUCUGAGUGAGGAAAAUCCGCCGGCUCUGAGCAUCCCCGAAGCGACAGCGACAGCCGCCCCCCCGGGCCGUGUCCCUCCCCCAUGAGGAUCGGGUCUUGAGCCCCCUGCUGCCUCCCUAUUGCCCCUGUGCCCUGGGGGGCCCCGCUCUGCCAUGAGUCUCCCGCAGAAAGCGGCCCUCAAGCCCGCCGCACCGACCGGCACCGGAGCCCUAGUGGUUGGGCCUCCCCCCAGUGCCGCCCCUCCCGCCGCAGCCCCCUCCGCCAUCCGGGCCCUUCAACCGCCGCCUCAAAUAUCCAGGGGAGCCCUGCAACAGAGCCUCGAUGAGCGAAUCUUCUCCCCCUCCGCCGUUUCUGCCGUCUACAGCACAGUUGCAGCACAGGUAGCCAGGCAACCCGGCCCUCCGGCCCCUUCUCCUUAUUCUACUCAUGAUUUAUCCAAGGGACACCCUAAUCUGGCUGCCACCCCUCCAGGGCAUGCCGCCUCCCCAGGAUUGUCACAGGCUUCCUAUGCGUCGGGCCAGAGCCCAGCAGCACCCACCCUGGUGUACCCUCAGCCACCGCAGACUAUGAGUACUCAGCCCCAAAAUCGCUCACCAUUUGCAGCUGGACCCCGACCUGCCCAUCACCAGGGAGGAUUCAGACCCAUCCAGUUUUUCCAGAGGACCCAGAUUCAGCCUCCCCGUGCCGCCAUCCAGACUAGUAGCCCCUCCAUCCGGGCCGGGGCCCAGACCCCAACUGCGGUCUAUCAAACCAACCAGCACAUCAUGAUGGUCAAUCAUCUGCCGAUGCCAUAUGCAAUGCCCCAGGGGCCACAGUACUGCAUUCCCCAGUACCGACACAGUGCCCCCCCAUACGUGGGGCCUCCCCAGCAGUACCCAGUUCAGCCGCCUGGUCCUAGUCCGUUCUACCCCGGCCCGGGGCCCGGAGACUUUCCGACCCCCUAUGGAGCCCCGUUCUACUCGAGCCAACCCGUGUACCAGUCUGCGCCCAUCAUUGUGCCUACCCAGCAGCAGCAGCAGCCGCCUCCCCCUGCCAAGCGAGAGAAGAAGCCGAUUAGAAUACGAGACCCCAAUCAAGGGGGCAAAGAUAUCACAGAGGAAAUCAUGUCGGGAGUAGGCAGUCGGAACUCCACCCCGCCCAUCCUCAGACCCAACUCUACGCCGACGCCCCCUCAGCAGCUGCCUAGCCAGGCGCCCGAGCACGGCCCAGUGGUGUACGGGACUAUGGAGAGUCCUCAUCUCCCAGCGACUUUCCCUGCCGCUCCUGUCAGCGAACCCAAACCAGAAGAGAAGCCCAAGCCGGAGCACACCGUAAAAGCCACGCCCCCCCCAUGUGUGCGGCCCGACCCCGUAGAUAUUGGCACCAGUGAUGUCAUCGAGCAGACGCCCAGACCCGCCUCCUCUGAGCGCCCCGAGCUCCAACCGUGUCUUCUGCCGGGGGUAACGGCCGCCCCUAUCGUGGUACCCAUUGUGCCCACCGCCCAAGCCUUUCCUUGCCACCUGGAUGAUACGAGGGGCAGCGAGAGCCCGGCAGAGGUGCGUGCCCCCACUCCCAGCACCCCGCAAGAGUCAGACCCGGCCGAAACGGAGGAGGUGGUAUGCAAGGACCCUGUGGGGCAAGUGGCGCCCGCUGAUGCCCCUCUGCCUGCCUCUGCUUUGCCUGCUCAGGAAAUGAAUGGCCUAGGGGACGAUAUGGCCGGUACGGCGGCCGGCGCUGCAGGGGAGGAGUCGGCCCUGGCAGAAGUGGAUUUGCCCGAGGUGCCCGGUUUGGCUGCGCCAAUGGAUGCAGACGCUGAAUGCACUACUUCUUCCAACGUGCCUCUUUCCUCCCCGGCUCUGUCUGCCUCCCCACUGCCCGACUCUCCUCCUCCUCUCAUUGCUGCUAGCCUCUCCCCCCCUGCCAGCGCCCUCGCCACCCUCUGUGCCCAAGAUGUGGCAGAGCAGGAAGAUGGCAGAGCCGCCACCCUAGAGAGUGACGGAGAGGGACAGGGCAAAGGGAGAACCGAGGGGGACUCCGAGCUGGAAUCCAGUGUUAAACUCCUGAGCAUCAACUCCAAGAAGAGCCCUGUGGAAGCCCCGGCCGCCAUAACUGCACCAAAGAUGUGGCAGAAACCAAAAGAUGAGAGUCCAGACAUAGAGGAGAUCUCACAGUCAGAGACCGAGCCACAAUAUGAGGAUGAUCCCCUAGAGGACAAAGUCACAGAAUUGGAUCAAGACCCAGUCACAUACAGCGGUACCAGCACAAUGGAGGUGGAGCAGCUGUACCUUAACAAUGCCAAGCCACAGGAGCAGAAUGGGGAGGUGGAGCCUAUACGCAAUGGGGCUGAUGCCGUCUCUGAGAGUGAAGGCACCGAUAUCCCAUCAGGCACUGAGGAAGGCUUGGCCUACCCUUACAGUAAAGCAGGAAUCGGUGCAGCCGAGCAACCCCCCGACCCCUCUCAGGAGCCCCCGGCACCUCCACAGUCGGCUGAUGGGAAGCGCCAGUACGACCGUGACUUCCUGCUGGGGUUCCAGUACAUGCCCGCGUGUGUCCAGAAGCCCGAGGGCCUCCCCCCCAUCAGCGACGUGGUUCUGGACAAGAUCAAUCAGCCCAAACUGCCCAUUCGGGCCCUGGAUGCUCGGAUGCUGCAGCGGGGGCCAGAUUUCACCCCUGCCUAUGCUGAUUUUGGGAGACCCGCCCCUGGGGGCCGGGGCAUGCCGCUGCUGAGUGUGGGCCCCCGGCGCUCCCAGCCGGGACAGAGGCGAGAGCCCCGAAAGAUCAUCAUGAACAUCUCCGUCAGCGACGACGUCCAUCUGAAGAAAUCGGAAAACGCCUGGAAGCCCAGCGUCAAACGGGAUAGUCUGCCGGAGGAUCCGGAUAGCAUCAGAACUCAGGCCCUGUUCCGCAAGGUCCGGAGCAUUCUCAACAAGCUCACCCCUCAGAUGUUCAACCAACUGAUGAAACAGGUGACGGAUCUGACGGUGGACACAGAGGAGAGGCUCAAAGGGGUCAUUGACUUGGUCUUUGAAAAAGCAAUAGAUGAGCCCAGUUUCUCCGUGGCCUAUGCCAACAUGUGCCGCUGCCUUGCCACGCUGAAAGUGCCGAUGGCCGACAAGCCGGGGAGCACGGUGAAUUUCCGUAAACUGCUGCUCAACCGCUGCCAGAAGGAGUUUGAGAAAGAUAAAGCUGACGACGAUGUUUUCGAGAAGAAGCAAAAAGAUCUAGAACUGGCAACAACGCCAGAGGAGAAGUCUCGGCUACAGGACGAACUGGAAGAGUCUAAAGACAAAGCCCGGCGCCGGUCCAUUGGGAACAUCAAGUUUAUCGGAGAACUAUUCAAGCUGAAGAUGCUGACAGAAGCCAUUAUGCACGACUGUGUGGUCAAGCUGCUUAAGAACCAUGAUGAGGAAUCCCUUGAGUGCUUGUGCCGGCUACUCACCACCAUCGGCAAGGAUCUGGACUUUGAGAAAGCCAAACCACGUAUGGAUCAGUACUUUAACCAGAUGGAGAAGAUCGUUAAGGAGAGAAAAACCUCGUCUAGAAUCCGCUUUAUGCUGCAGGAUGUCAUAGACCUCCGGCUGAGUAACUGGGUGUCCCGCCGGGCAGACCAGGGGCCCAAGACCAUCGAGCAGAUCCAUAAAGAGGCCAAGAUAGAGGAACAGGAGGAGCAGAGGAAAGUGCAGCAGUUAAUGACCAAAGAGAAGAGGAGACCAGCAGGGGUGCAGAGAGUGGAUGAAGGCGGAUGGAACACUGUGCAGGGGGCAAAGAAUAACAGGGUGCUGGACCCUUCCAAGUUUCUGAAAAUCACUAAGCCCACUAUAGAUGAGAAGAUCCAGUUGGUUCCCAAAGCUCAGCCUGGCAGCUGGUUAAAGGGGAGCAGCGGAGGUGCCAAGGCUAGUGAGACUGAAUCUCUGAGACCGGGAGCCCCCAGCCUGAACAGGUUCUCUGCUCUGCAGCAGCCGCUCUCCUCUGUGUCUUCCUCCUCCUCAUCGUCCCCCUCUGAGCUGGACUCUCGCAGGUUACUAACCAGCAGCCGUGGAAGCACGGGGCGAGAGAAGAACGACAAACCCUCUGCGCCCUCCUCCAUCCCGUCUGCGCCCCGACCCGGCACCCUCCUGCGCGGCAGCAGCAAAGACUCGGCCGACAAUCAGGAAGAGCUGCGCCGGGAGACGCUCCAGACGGUCAAACAGCUGACGAACGUCGCCGAACCCGACAAGAACACUGUGCCAGAGAGACGGCCCAAAGAGCCAGCCAAGUCCGAGCCGUCGGAACCAGACAAACCCACCCUGUCAGAGGAGGAGAUGGAGAGGAAAUCCAAGGCCAUCAUUGAUGAGUUUCUCCAUAUUAAUGACUACAAGGAGGCCAUGCAGUGCGUCGAGGAGCUCGGUGCCAAUGGGCCGCUCUCAGUCUUCGUACGACAGGGGGUGGAGUCAACGCUGGAACGGAGUCAGAUCACCAGGGAUCACAUGGGUCAGCUCCUCUACCAGCUGGUCCAGUCUGGCAAACUCAGCAAACUGGACUUCUUCACUGGGUUCUCGGAAACGCUGGAGCUGGCCGACGACAUGGCGAUCGACAUCCCGCACAUCUGGCUGUACCUGGCGGAACUGGUAACCCCCAUGUUGAAAGAAGGCGGGAUCUCUCUACGAGAGCUGAUAACAGAGUUCGGCAAAGCUCUGCUCCCUGUGGGACGCGGAGGGGAAUUAUUGUCGGAAAUAUUGCACCUUCUAUGCAAACAAAUGAGCCAUAAGCGAGUAGCCGCGCUUUGGAGAGAGACCGGCCUUCGGUGGAGAGACCUCUUACCUGAAGGAGAAGACGUCCAGAGCUUUGUCAGCGAGAAGAACUUGGAGUUCACGCUGUCGGACAGCUCGAGUCCCUCGGAGAAUCUCUCCAAGAAGGAGAUGUCGGCAGAAGAGCUGCACAAGAGGCUCGAGCAACUCAUUAUCCAGGAGAAGGCUAACGACGAGCAGAUAUUUGAUUGGGUAGAGGCCAGCCUAGAUGAGAGCCAGAUGAGUUCGCCCACAUUCCUUAGAGCUUUAAUGACGGCGGUGUGCAAAGCGGCAAUUUUAGGGGACUGUUCUUCCUGCCGCGUAGACAUCACCUUCCUCAAGCAGAGGGUUCCGGUCCUGCUAAAGUAUCUGGACUCGGACACAGAAAGAGAACUACAAGCACUUUAUGCACUACAAGCAUUGAUAGUAAAACUUGAUCAGCCUCCCAAUGUGUUGCGCAUGUUUUUCGAUUGCCUCUAUGACGAGGAGGUGAUUUCGGAGGACGCUUUCUAUAAGUGGGAGAGCAGUAAGGACCCGGCAGAACAAGAGGGCAAGGGGGUAGCACUAAAGUCGGUCACAGCCUUCUUCACUUGGCUCCAGGAGGCAGAGGAGGAGUCGGAGGACAAUUAGGAAGUUCCAUCCAAUGAGAGCCCGUCGCUUGCCCCCCGGAGACGCCGCCAACGCCGAGCAGUUUCAGCCUCUUUAUAUCUUUAGCUUUUGGGUUUUUCUCUCUUUUGUUCCAGUUUUGCCAGUCAGGGUACAGCCAAUUGGAUUCCCACAGGGGGGGUGGGCGUGGCUAUUGGGAAAGGUGCCCCAACCAGUGUUAAGAUGGGGGAGAUGUGACCCCCCAAACGGCCGAGGGGGGACUGACCCCCUUUCCCACAUUCUAUUUAUUAGAGUCGAUAUUUUCUGUUUUAAAACUUCCCAUUUUAUUUUAAAGAACCCCCAAACCCAGAGACUCGCCCCAAAACUGCCGAUCAUUGGAAAGAGAAAUAAUUUAUUCCUUUACAGACGGGUGGCGCCAGUGACCCACUAACCCCCUAACGUAGGAACUGGGGGGGCAGGAAACCCCCUCCCUUGCUGUGUAGCCUGCCCUCUCCCCUUUUGGGGGUCCCUGCCCAUUUUAGUGUCACAUUUUGGGGGGCAGCGGCUACGGACUGGGCUGCAGGUUCACCCGCAGUCUCAUUUGUGGGCACUGCUGUAAAGCUGAGCAGCCGGGGAGCCUGCAGAUGUACCCCAAUGUUGGAGGGGGCCCCCUGCCCUGCACUCUGUCGCCCCCUGCCAUUGCCCCGGGUAUGUACAGAUGAGGGGGGAGAAUUAGACUCGCGGGGGGGGGUUCCCAGGUGUAGCCCACCUUCAGCGCUGCAUUCAAGGGAGGGGGGCAAAUGGACUUCCAAUCUCGCUGUGGCCCUAACGCGCAGAAUAAAGAGCUGGAACUGGCUACGGACUGGCACAGAGCGGGCACCACAGCGGGCACCUUGGGACUGACGGUGUCUCGGAGAAGCUGCCGGAGCUUUCCAAGCAAUUGGCAAACGAGACUGUGAGAUGCUUUUCUCUUACAUUGUAUUUCUAUUCAUUUUAGCCUGGUUUCCUAUGGAAAAGAAGGCUAAUAAAGUAACCUGUACCCUGA